CGCCCCCGUCGCCGCCAUGAAGGCCGUGGUGCAGCGCGUCACCCGGGCUAGCGUCACAGUGGCCGGCGAGCAGAUAAGUGCCAUUGGACAGGGCAUUUGCGUGUUACUGGGUAUUUCUCUGGAAGAUACACAGAAGGAACUGGACCACAUGGUCCGAAAGAUUUUAAACCUGCGUAUAUUUGAGGAUGAAAGUGGAAAACACUGGUCGAAGAGUGUGAUGGACAAACAGUAUGAGGUGCUGUGUGUUAGCCAGUUUACCUUGCAAUGUGUCCUCAAGGGGAACAAGCCCGACUUCCACUUGGCAAUGCCCACGGAGCAGGCGGAGACCUUCUACAAAAGCUUCUUGGAGCAGCUACGGAAGACGUACAAGCCAGAGCUCAUCAAAGAUGGCAAGUUUGGUGCGUAUAUGCAGGUCCACAUUCAGAACGAUGGCCCCGUGACUAUAGAACUGGAGUCUCCCGCUCCCGGCGCGUCUGCCUCCGACCCCAAACAGCUUUCAAAGCUUGAAAAACAACAGCAGAGAAAAGAAAAAAACAGAGCCAAAGGGCCUUCUGAAUCCAGCAAAGAACGAAAUGUGGCUCGGAAGGAAGAUCGGAGCGCGAGCAGCGGGGCCGAGGGCGACGUCUCCUCUGAGCGGGAGCCGUAGCCGAGGAACUGGGGCCAAGUAUAUUAUCAUUGGAAAGAACUGGAUCCUGAAGAUUUAUGAAAGAUGCUGAGCACUUGCACUCGUUUAAGAACUUAAAACAACAAUGAGAAGAAAGAGGAAAGAAAUUGGGAACCUGAAUAGCUCUUGCAAAGGACAACUGAAGGAACAUUGUCGUUUUCUGUUGUGGCUGUGACAAAACAGAGGAAGUGGAGCUGCUGGCGGAGGCGUAUGGUGCAGGGUGUCCACCGUGACUCCGUUAGGAAAGCUUGAUUGGUUCUCACAGUACCUUGGUUUGCUUUUAAAAACAGAAUGACCCAACAUUAUUAGUCUUUGAGUUCUCCUUCUACACUGAGGAUGUCCAUGAUGGCUCUCAAACGCAUUCAGGAUCUCCUUAUUCUUUCCCAAACUGGCUAAGCGAGGGGCUAUGUUAAGGCAAAAGAGAACAUGUCAUCGGUGAUAAUGUAUUGUUAGAGAAAUUGGCACACUGUAAAUCUCUUCUUUAUUUGAAAAAGAAAUAAUGACAAUAAAACUCUAAACCUCAAACAAC